GCGCUUGUCGAUUGUGUCAAAUAUCUGACAGAGACACGGUUGCUGACACGCAUUGCCCGCAACGAGAACAGAGUUUGCUUCAUCAAACCUCACGAAUAGUUUCAUCCUAUCAAGGCUCUCAGGCUCUUGCGCCUUGCUACCAACUCUCAUCUCACCCAACUCUCAUCUCGUCCAACUCAUCUCGUUCUCCUCGUCUGCCCGCCGUGAACAUCUUGCUGGCGACAUUGGCGAUGUCUAUGGGAGGGAUGCCGCUGCUGAGCGGCCCCCCGCACCCGCAUGAAUACCCGGACAACGAGUCGUCGUGCCGGAAGUGCGACAAGGAGUUCAAUCUAUUCUUCACGCGGUCGAGGAAAUGCAACCAUUGCGGCUAUCUCUAUUGCCACUCGUGUACCGACUUCCAGGCGCUGAUGCCGCGGAGUGGCUCGGAAACAGGAUACGAUCCUGUCCCCGUGUGUGCAUUCUGCGUUGAUAACCUCACAAUUACAGCAGGUGGCAAGAACUACCUGCGGGCCUUGCCGCUCGGUCGGCUGAAGCAAUACGCCAGUGCAUAUAAUAUCAGGGUGGUCGGUGUGUUAGAGAAAGAUGACCUAGUCAACGCGCUCAUCGUGGUCAGGGAGCGGAAUGGCUGCUUGCCCCGAGCACAUGAGGAUUACUACCGCAAAAACUCCGUGCCAAAGCAUCGCAGUAGCCGCUCUCGCGGGAUCUUCACACGCGCAAUGGACGCGAUGGGCUCUGAUCGCUCGUCUCAGUCAAACCCGCCGCCACGUGCUCAGCAGCAGCAGCGGCAACAACGCCAGCAGCAGCCUUCGACCCACCAGCCGCGCCAGCGCACGACCUCUGGUCCCAGCACGUUCCCGCGUCCAGACCUUGACCCAGGACGACAGCCGCAGGGUACAUACGCGUAUGGCCAUCACCCACCACCACCACCACCCCGUGGGCCGACGUCCCGCCCUCCUCCGGCUCCGCGCCCGCAGACAACCUCCGGCCGCUCGCACCUCAAUGUCCCGGGCAGCAGCAACAAUACAGGCGGAGGUACGCAACCCCGAGGACGCACGCGCGCAGCCUCCGCGUCUUCGCCCUCUUCGCCCCGUACCCACUCUCCCGCGCCGCCCGUUCCGACGCUCGACGAGCUGCUCGAAAUGCCGGAGGAGGCUAUCGCGCGUCUCAGUAUUGGCACGCUGAAGGCGGUGCUCUUCCAGAAUCACGUAAACGCGAGGCUGGUGGUGGAGAAGGCGGAGCUGGUCGCGAAGGUGCGCACGCUGGUGGAGGACGAGCGGAGGGAGAGGGAGAGGCAUGCGGCGAUCGAGGUGGCAGAGAGAGCGGCGGAGGAGGAGGCGAGGAGAGAGAGGGAGGACGAAGCAAGAAGGGCGGAAGAACAAAGAAGGCGUAGGGAGGAAGGGCAGGCAGAUGCGGCUGCGGAGGACGUACGACGCGAUAGGGAGAGCGCGAUGGAUGUGGACGUUUUGGAGGAACAACCGGAAGCGCAUGUGCACGCAGAGGGCGCAUCGGACGAAGCGGCGCCUCCACCACCACCCAAGUCUGCUCCGCCAACACCGCCCAAGCCCUCGGCUUCGCCUCCCGCACGAGGACUCUCGCCGAAAGCACAGGCCAAGGCAGCGCAACUCGAACGCACGGGCCUCUGCGUGAUUUGUCAAGACGAGGAAGCUAACAUCGCUAUCGUCGACUGCGGCCAUCUAUGCUUAUGCCGCGCCUGCUCGGAGCUGAUCAUGAAAGGCUCGCGCGAGUGCCCUCUCUGCCGCACACGCAUCGUCACGGAGCAGCGCCUGCUCAGAAUAUUCAGGUCGUGAGAUCCCGAACGCUAUGCGCUCUGGUGGGCUAAGUACAUACAUGAUAUGCAGUCCCUCAGUGCCCUUUCUUGAUCCCUCAUCGUCGCUACUUUCAGUCAAUGCUUUGUGUAGUACUUCCAGUCACGUUCUGUAACUAUUGCUCAUAUCACACUAGUGUUGUAUGGAUACCUAUUUAUCUGACUGGUAUAUCAUCGCCGUUGCUUUUUGGCCAUU